CCCUGUCUCGCCUGUUCCAGGUUCCAUGCGUUUGGCGUGGUACCAUUACACCGUAUUAUGCUGGCACAGGUACCUCCUCGAGGUGUAGUGCAGUGUCUUCUAGAGCCAACCAGCGGAUUAUCCUCGUAGCCGAGUGUUUCGUCAUCAUCCCUCAGGAACAGCUGCCUUGCUUGCUGGCGCCCGCCAAACAUCUUAUCGUGGCCUGGAGCAAUAUUCUUGAGAUAGCCUCCCGACACCAACCACAUCCCUCCACGACUUCAUCGUUUCCCCCCAAUCGCGAAUUGCACGCCUCCCUUUCUGACUAAUCAGAAGCGUCCAGUCUGAGACAGUACCCCAUCUCGUUAGCCACAACUGCAGUUUUGGGGCCGCGAUAUUGCGAUAUGUAUCAACCCGGCUUUGGCGCCUUUGACCCGGACGAUCCAUCCAACAUGUAUAACCUCGCGCGUUCCGGCAUGAUGCGUGGCCCGACAAUACGUCGCUUCGACGAGUACUUCCGUUGCUAUCCCAUGAUCAUGGCACCCGGUGCUGAGCGGCCAGAGCUGAAUUACGGCUCCAAAAUCUUUCUGCCACCUUCCGCCCUUCAAAAGAUCUCACAACUACACGUACAAUGGCCACUCAUGAUGGAACUGGUGAACGGCGAGAAAGAGCGAUUUACGCACGCUGGUGUUCUGGAAUUUGUCGCUGAAGAGGGCCGAGCAUACAUACCACAAUGGAUGAUGCAAACACUGCAACUAGAUGUUGGCGAUAUGAUACAGAUCAAGUCAACAUCACUUGAAUUAGCCAAGUUAGUCAAGCUACAACCACAGUCGGUCAACUUUCUCGACAUCAGCGAUCCCAAGGCCGUUCUUGAAAGAGCCUUCAGGAAUUUUGCCACGCUGACAAGAGGCGACGUAUUCAACUUUGAGUACAAUGACGAAGUCUACGAGAUGGCCGUUCUUGAGGUCAAACCCGAAACUGAAAAAAUGGGUGUUUGCAUGAUUGAAACAGAUGUAUCGGUGGAUUUUGCCCCGCCGGUGGGAUACGUUGAUCCGCCAAAGGGCAGCGGAACCAGCACGCCGAGAAGCACGCGUGGAGGCUUACCUGCAGGCGGUCUGCUGCAUAGCCAGGGAACUAUGGCACAGUCCAUCAAUUACGACGCUAUUGCGCCGAAUGCUACAACAGCUGCAGCAGGCGCACGCGCGGUGGCGUCUCAUUUCCUCACGGAAGGACACAAGCUCAACUCUAAGAAAGGGAGCAAAGGUCCAUCCCCGAAGCCCUCCACUCCGGUUCCUGAAUCUUCUUCACACACUGUUCCCGUUCCUCGACGGCGCGUCAACGGACCUAUGCCACUACGUCUACCACCCAAUAAACUGUUCUUCGGCUACGAGAUAAUACCCGUCAAGACGGAUGCGGACAAGGAGGCAGAGAAGGAAAACGCCGGUAAGCCGCAUUUUGCUGGCCAGGGUCAGACUCUUCGUGGGGCAGUCAAGCGCAAGGGUGAUGCCGACGAUAAAGGCAAAGCGCCUGAGAAAAAGGCGAACGAGGGCAACCGCUUAGAUGGACGCAAGAAGUAAAUCUGGGCGUGAAGCUACCAACAGCUGGCGGAUGAGUGGCAUGGCAUUUGGUGUUCUGGCGUUGAUAGACCGUGUGGCAUACAUACCUACCUACUUACGAUUUGCGAUCUGAUACGUAUAAUGAUCUUGGAAUCAAAGGCAUUUAAUUUCAGUGCUGAGUUUAGCUUGCUAUUGAACACUACGAUAUUGUGCUAGUAGCAAGUACGAUUUAUUCUAUAUCUCCCUCAAAAGUCGAUUUUCAUGGGCGAGUCCGCGGCCCUGUUAGUUCCGGUUUUCUCAUACACAUGAACCAUGUGGUUUCAGCCCUAUGAGACGCCCAGAGUAGUGCCUCGUGAGUUGUAAUAUUCUGAAUCUUGAAUCCAUUCUUUAUGUUGGCGCCACUACCUUUGAAUUUUCCGGCGUGAGCAUUAAGGCUCAGGAUGGAAUGUAUGAGCCCAGAUAGCUACCCUAGUGCUAGAUUCGUUGGAUGGUUUUCCUCAACGUAGAGUAAAUUCUAGCCCAACGCGCCCUCAUCCUUCUCGGGAUGCCCCGUGGGAGAAUAGCACUGCGACAUACUACGGUAUCCCUGGCAUUGAAUAAGUACAUAUUUGCAUUUUUGUCUUCAAUAAUUUGCGCAAUUAUAUACUACAAAUCGCUUGUUCCAGGGAAUCUGAAUAUUAACUGGAACUGAAGAAAGCGACAAUGUAGUUAUAUGUAUUUAGUAGGUAACAUUGCAACUAUC